AUGGGCAGCUUAGCAACCGGUGCCGCCCAGGGCAACUUCCUCUUCACCUCCGAGUCCGUCGGCGAGGGCCACCCAGACAAGAUCGCUGAUCAGGUUUCUGAUGCCGUUCUCGAUGCCUGUCUCGCUGAGGAUCCCCUCUCCAAGGUUGCUUGCGAGACUGCCACCAAGACCGGUAAAUCACCACCAAGGCUCGUCUUGACUACCAGAAGAUCAUCCCGUGAUGCCAUCAAGGACAUCGGAUACGAUGACUCUGCCAAGGGUUUUGACUACAAGACCUGCAACGUCCUUGUUGCCAUCGAGCAGCAGUCCCCUGACAUCGCUCAGGGUCUUCAUUACGAUGAGGCUUUGGAGAAGUUGGGUGCCGGUGACCAGGGUAUCAUGUUCGGAUAUGCCACCGAUGAGACCCCUGAACUCUUCCCAUUGACCAUCCAGCUUGCCCACAAGCUUAACCGUGCCAUGAAGGAGGCCCGCAAUGACGGCUCCCUCCCAUGGCUCCGCCCAGACACCAAGACCCAGGUCACCAUUGAGUACGCCCAUGACAACGGUGCCGUCAAGCCCGUCCGCGUCGACACCGUCGUCGUCAGUGCCCAGCACAGUGAGGAUAUCACCACUGAGGUCCUCCGAAAGGAGAUCCUCGAGAAGAUCAUCAAGAAGGUCAUCCCAGCCAACCUUCUCGACGACCGCACCAUCUACCACAUCCAGCCAUCUGGCCUCUUCAUCAUCGGUGGUCCCCAGGGUGACGCCGGUCUCACUGGCCGUAAGAUCAUCGUCGACACCUACGGUGGCUGGGGUGCCCACGGUGGUGGUGCUUUCUCCGGAAAGGACUACUCCAAGGUCGACCGCUCUGCUGCCUACGUCGCCCGCUGGAUCGCCAAGUCCAUCGUCCACUCCAAGCUCGCCCGCCGUGCCCUCGUCCAGCUCUCCUACGCCAUCGGUGUUGCCGAGCCCCUCUCCAUCUUCGUCGAGACCUACGGCACCUCCAACAAGACCUCCGACGAGCUCGUCGAUAUCAUCCGAAAGACCUUUUUGGGGCGCCCCGGUGUCCAGACUCGACCUCGCCAAGCCCAUCUACUCCAGCCGCAGACGCACUUCACCGACCAGAGCUUCUCUGAAGAAGCCAAAGACCCUCAACUACUAAGCAUCUCUCUCUACCCUUCCCCUCUCCUCGUCCGCCCUCUCUCCUAUACUUCCGGUCUCCUAUCUAAUUAA